AUGUUAAAGUGCCUUUUAUUUUUUGGAACAGUAUUAUUAAUAAUUAUUCCUUCUACUAGAGGCUAUUUUUUACACUUAGAUGCCAAUGAAGAACAAUGUUUUUUUGAAAGAGUAACCGAAAAAUCGAAAAUUGGUGUUAUGUUUGAAGUUGCUGAGGGUGGAUUUUUAGAUAUUGAUUAUAAAAUUGUUGAUCCUAAUGGUGUGAUUGUUGCUAAAGGUGAACGUGAAUCUUCUGGAAAACAUACGGUUGCUGCUCAAGUUGCAGGAGUAUACAAUUUUUGUUUCUCAAAUCAAAUGUCUACAAUGACACCAAAAACAUUGGUUUUUGCUAUUGAGGUUCAAUCUCCAGAUCAGGAACAUCAAGGAACUAAUAAUGAUAAUAAUAUUGAUAGUGAUUCACAAAAAUUAGAAGAAAUGAUUCGUGAAUUGUCGGCUUCUCUUACUUCUGUUAAACAUGAACAAGAGUAUAUGGAAGUUCGUGAACGUGUUCAUCGUGCUAUCAAUGAAAAUACAAAUAAUCGUGUUGUUAUGUGGGCUGUUUUCGAAGCAAUUAUUCUUGUUUCUGUCACUUUAGGACAAAUCUUUUAUCUUAAAAGAUUCUUUGAAGUUCGAAGAGUUGUAUAA